GGGUUGAUCACAAGUCGAGUCCCGGCCCUGGUCUGACUCUGAUCUGCCCGUGAUCGGGUGAUCGGCUUUUUCAUGCAGACCAGCAUAAAUGGUGAGGUGUAUCCUCGUGACACGAGUUUGAAAGUCAGUCUGGUUUGUGCAUGUGCUCAGUACACACCCUAUUUUCUUUCUCUGUGACCCACUUGCAAAAUAGAGAGAGAAUAGUUUUGUGCUUCCAUGGUGGAACGUCGAAUGAUCUGUACUUUGGCAAUACUACUACUAGUAUAGGUGGACAGCAGAAAAAUGGAAUCGUCAGUUAGUGCUGACGAGCUGGAAGCAGUGGAGUCCAAAAAAUCUCAGUCACCAUCUAGGGAUUCUGGAGUGGAUGAUGAGGCCAGUGGCAGUAGCUGUAACGAUGGAGAUAACACGGGUGGAAUAUUCUUCAACUUUCUUCUGGGUGGUGCUCUGGGAUACAAGCAGAUGAACAGGGGUGACAAAUUAGCCCUAUUCAAAAAUGAAUUGAUCCUUGGAUUCAUUAUUGCGUUCGCCCAGAUCCCAGAGUCGGUUGCUUUCGCAUUUCUAGCAGGGCUAGAACCGUCUAUUGCCAUUCAUUCAGCUUGGAUAAUGGGAUUGAUCUGUGCAAUAUUUGGUGGACGGCCUGCAAUGAUUAACGGUGCAACUGGAGCGUUUGCUUCGAUCAUUGGAACGUUUAUUACGCAGCCAGCCGUGUCGGGGCGCUCUGGUGAGGGAGUUGAGACACUCUUUAUUUCUGUGGUACUGGCGGGAGUCCUGAUGCUCGUUGCGUUUGCUCUUGACUUGGGCAGAUUUGUAAGCGUCAUUUCGUUCCCAAUCAUGCUGGGUUUCGCCAACGGCUUGGCUAUUGUCAUUGCUAGAGCUCAGCUGCAUCCUUUCUCCUAUGACUGCCCUGGAAACUACCGCUGCCCAUUUGUGAAUGAAUCAGUGGACAACUUUACCAUGCCGGAUAAAUCUCAUCACUAUGUGGGUGGUGCUGAGCUGGGCUGGAUGAUUGGAAUUGUCCUUGUCUCAAUGAUCGUCAUGGAAUUUGUGCCCAAAAUUCCACACAAGGCAGCCAAGUUCGUGCCAUCUUCACUGCUGGCAAUUCUGGCCGCUAUCUUCCUUGAGUUUGUCGUUGUUCGCAAUGCUGGAAGUAAGACCGACACCAUUGGUGAUGUUGCACCGUUCUCAAAAGACACGGCCUUCCCGAUUCCGUUUUUCAUCGACAAGUCUCGCUACCCGUCUAAUGGCACGUUGAAUGCUGACAACAGUACAGUGCUUGGCCCGCUCAAGUAUGACUUUGACAACCUAGAGGGAAAGGCCGGGCAAAUUGUUUUGCAGGCGUUCUUCCUCGCCAUAGUUGGUCUGAUUGAGUCCCUGCUGACCCAGGAGAUUGUCGAUAAGUUCACCAAGACCAAAGGCAACCGAUCGAGGACCAUCGCGGCCAUGGGUGCUGGUAACAUCAUCUCUGGUCUCUUAGGAGGCAUGGGUGGAAACGCUAUGAUCGGUCUGUCGACUAUCAACUGCUUGAACGGUGGCCGUGGGCGCUUAGCACCAAUCAUUACUGCUUUAGUUGUGAUGGUGAUGGUCAUGGGUGCCUAUCCAGUCCUCAACUUUGUUCCAGUUGCAGCUCUAGUUGGUAUCAUGCUGGUUGUUGUCGGACAUACAUUCAAGUGGCAGUCACUGCCGGCAAUCUUUGUUGCCUUCUUGCCGGAAAGGUGGCGGCUGGCGGGAAAACUACAAUUCAAGAUUGAGCGCACCGACGUGGUCAUCGUAGUGCUGGUGACCGCUCUGACCAACGUACCAGGUCUCAACUUGUUCUACUCCAUUGCUGCUGGCGUUGCCCUGUCAGCCGUGAUAUAUACGUGGAGAAGUGCCCAAGAAAUUUCUGUGAAAUCUGACCACGUGUCUUCGGAACUCAAAGUUUACUUUGUUUCUGGACCAUUGUUCUUUGGGAAUGCAUCCUCCUUCCCUGACCACUUUGAUCCUGAGGGAGACCCAGCCACUGUGGAAGCCCAUUUUUCAGACACAACUCUUUUUGAUUCUGCAGCACUGAAAACCCUCAACACAAUCACCAAGCAGUACAGCAAGGCGGAGAAGUCCUUCAUUAUACGACACCUAGACCCUGUGAGUGUACGCAGUGUGUCCAAAGCAUCACGUCUUCUCCACUACAUUGAACUGGCUGCCGGGGAGGACAUACCGAUGGGUGUCAGCGGCGAGGAAGAUCCAUCGCCACAGCCGCUUGUUACCAACGACGACGAUCCUGUGGUGCGCAAGCGUUCAAAGGACGUUGUUAAUAAUGAAUCAUGUGUGUAGUUCUCACCUGCCCUACUCCCCCCCCCCCCCCCUCUCUCUCUCUCUCUCUCUCUCUCGGUCUCUCUUCUUUAGUGUUUUAUCUGCAAUCAACUCUGGCUGGGCCAGGUAGCACAAUGUUCUUGAAACUUCCACAGUCUUCCAUAUUUGGGUGUGGAUCAGUUGAACUCUGAUAAUUGUUUAUUUUUUACGUUCAAGCAUAUUCUAGGUAUUGACUUAUUUUUCUACAGUUUGUACAAUUUCCUUGAGCUGAUAAUUGCCAUUUCAUGAUACAGCACCAGUUACUUCAACUAGGACUUUGCGGAAUAGAUCUUGUAACAAGUUAGAAAACAUUUUUAACCCUAUAUACUUCUACAACCCUAGGAAUUAUAUGGGCUUUUGGGGGUGUGUCAGUGUCCAAUUUUUUCAACUAUAAUUAUAUUAAUAUAUUCAUUCAAUGUUCAUAAAACCUAUUCAUGAUAAUUCUGGCGUAUUAUGCAUGUAUUUUCCUUUCAGCAUGAAACUCGACAAUGUGGAAUUAUUAUUUGCACAAUUUGUGUGAAGAUUUUUAUUUCUAUAACCUUGUUCUAUCCCCAGAAUCUAAUGCCUCUAUCUCUCUUUCUUCCUUUUUCUUUCCCACUCCAUCUUCCACACGCACACACACACACACACACACACACACACACACACACACACACACACACACACACACACACACACACAUACAUACACACACACUCUCUCUCUCUCUCAUUCCUGUCUUCAGGUGUGCUCUCUUGCUUACUAGCACGCACGCUUUCUCUGCCUCCCACUGUCUGAAGAGGAAAUCCCGUAAUGACCAAUAUUCUGUUCUUGA